CGCGACAUAGAAUUCGUUUCUCGUCGCUGGAAACUGGCUGGGCGCCCCACUAUGUGCCUUUUGUUGAGAGAAGAGAACAUUAUGGGAGAGUACUUCGACCACAUAUUGGAUCUCCUUGUUCAGUUGAAAAAUGGCCAUGUCAACGGGAUUCGUGUCCGCAUGGGGCGAGUUCAUCAACUGCUCAAUACAAGUUGCAUAGAGCACAUUGACUUUGCCACCUCGGAUGAUGUUGAAUUUGAUAUCGAUGUACUAGAAGAAACCGAUGGAAAUAAUCAGAUCUUGUCAAGACUCAGCCUUCGUGAUGGAAUCGAGGACGAUACGACGGUUGAGGAAGACGUGCGGGUGCUUAAAGAUGAUGACCUAUAUGAAAUUAUAAAGAAGGAAGAUAUGGAAAAGCCAAGACAGCUUGCGUUUGCAUUGGCAGCGAUGUGGUCGAGAAGACAUCCAGACACACCUUUAGAUGGAUCUUCUAUCCGUGAACGCAUGGAGCGCUUAUACCGUCGGGUCUGCCAGCUUCGGUUGUGGUGGUUGGUACGAUAUUGCGCAGGCAGACUUCGCAAAGUCAUGAAUAGCCUGGCGCCAGCCAUUACCAAUAUGCUUGUCAGAGGAAAACAAGUUACUAUUGGGGUACGUGGUGUGCAUGAAGAAGUAAUCCGACGUCCUAUAUCACCUGGAGAGCUGACGAAUUUGUUGUUUGCUUGUUGUCCCCAGGAUGAGCCACAAGUAGCGGUAAUGCAGCAGGAGUUGAUCAUUGCUUGCUCGGACCUUGUAAGAAUUUCUGAAUUUUCCGCCAUUUCAAUAUACCUCCAUUUUCCUACCCAGAUGGGUCAUUCUCCAACAGCAUUUGACGGUGUGCUCACCAUCCGCCUGUCAUGGUUGGCUGAUGCUAUAACUCUCCUGUUGAACUACGUCCGAACCACAGGAUCUCUGUCAAGAUCCGGAGGAAAACUCGUGACACCAGCGACCCCGACCACUACUGGGAUACCUGAAGUGAAAGUUAAUGAUGAAAAUAUUUCUCAUGUUAAUGAGGAUGCGUUGCCAGAUGAUGAUCUUAUUGCAUUUGGUAAUCUUUGUGGUUUUGGGAUCUAG